AUGAGACUUGCGUUAAAAUUCAAGAACAAGUUACAGUUUAUUGAUGGAACCCUAACGAAACCUGAAGAAACUGAUCCUAAUUUUUUAGCUUGGGAAAAAUGUAAUACCUAUGUAGUAGCUUGGCUGAAUCUGUCCCUGAGUAGUGAAAUCUCUCAGAGCGUUAUUUGGAAUGAAAAUGCAUAUGACAUAUGGAAUGAUCUCAAGCACAUAUAUCAUCAAGGAGACAUAUUUCGAAUUGUUGAUCUAGAGGAAGAAAUGUACACAUCUAAACAGGGAGAACUUAGUAUAACUGCCUAUUUUACUAAACUGCGAAUCAUUUGGGAGGAAUUGGAAACUUUUUUACCUAUUCCAAGUUACGUCUGUGGUGUAGAAUGCACAUGUGAUUUAGGAGUGAUGAGAAAAUAUAGAAAACAGCGCCAAUUAGUGAGAUUACUGAGAGGUUUGAAUGAAGAGUAUGGUACCGUUAAGUCUCAAAUCAUACUCAUGGCACCUUUACCUGAUGUGAAUGCAGUUUUUGGCAUGUUAACUCAACAACAGAGGCAAUUUUACUCCUUAGAUAAUGGUGAACCCAGGGCUCUUAUAAGCUCUUCUGACCUGAUUGAGAAUGAGAAGCACUUUCAACAUCAAAAUGCAAAUGGCUAUAGGGGCAGAGGUCAUUCUAGCUGA